UUCCUCGCAGAUCGCUACAUUCUUUUGAUUUAGGACAACCGGUUAACGGCAUUGCAUUGACGUCCGUCUGCCAGCGUGCCGAGAAAUCAUUCCUUCUCCCGCAGACAGUGGUAGGCUAGUAGAUGAGGUUGGCUUUGUCCUAAACACUGAAUCGGUGAAUUUCGAAGAUGGAUUGUUUCGAGAAGGAAAAUAGGUCAGAUGAAGACAUGGAAUCAUCUGAGGAGGAAGAAGUAGAUCCCAGGAUCCAGGGGGAACUAGAAAAGCUCAACCAAUCCACGGAUGACAUCAACAGAUGUGAAACUGAACUGGAGGACGCCAGGCAGAAGUUUCGCUCGGUGCUCGUGGAGGCCACAGUCAAACUGGAGGAGCUGGUGAAGAAGAUUGGCAAGGCCGUGGAGGAUUCCAAACCGUACUGGGAGGCCAGGAGGGUCGCCCGACAGGCUCAGCUGGAGGCCCAGAGGUCGACUCAGGACUUCCAGAGGGCCACGGAGGUGCUGCGGGCGGCCAAGGAGACCAUCGCCCUGGCGGAGCAGCGCCUCCUGGAGGACGACAAGCGCCAGUUCGACUCCGCCUGGCAGGAGAUGCUCAACCACGCCACGCAGCGGGUGAUGGAGGCAGAGCAGACGAAGACUCGUAGCGAGCUGGUCCACAAGGAGACGGCUGCCAAGUACAACGCAGCCAUCGGACGCAUGAAACAGCUGGAGAAGAAACUCAAGCGCACCAUCAACAAGUCCAAGCCUUACUUUGAGCUCAAGGCGAAGUACUAUCUACAGCUUGAGCAACUGAAGAAGAGCGUGGACGAGCUGCAGGCCAAGCUGAGUGGGGCGAAGGGGGAGUACCGGACAGCGCUGCGGAACCUGGAGAUGAUCUCGGACGAGAUCCACGAGCGGCGACGCGCCUCCGUCAUCGGCCCGCGAGAACGCGGCGUGGGCGCCGAGGGGGACGGCAUCAGCGUCACAGGAGACGACGUCACCAGCUUCAAGAUGGAGUCCGACGGCAUCUCCAUGACGUCUGAGACGUUUGAGGACGAGAGUGGCAGUACGUGUGCCAUGUCCGAGGAGGACUCUGAGACGCGUUCCACCAGCAGCCUGAGCUCCGGCCCACACAGCCCUCUGGACCUGCCCUGCCCCUUCAGCUCCACCUCCCUCUCCACCUCCCCCUCCCUGUCCCCUUCACCCUCCUCCUCCGCCUCCUCCAUCUCCUCCUCCACCUCCCCCUCCCCCUCCCCCACCCCGCGACCCUGUAGUCUGGACCUGCCCAGCACCGUCUCCCUGUCGGACUUCGGCCUCAUCUCGCCCAUCCUCGGCCCUCGCAGCGAGUGCAGCGGAGCCUCGUCGCCCGAGUGUGACCUUGAACGAGGUGACAGAGCAGAGGGAGCGGAGGCCGAGCUGGACAACGCUUUGAACAGCAACAGUAACAACAGCAGCAGUAACAGCACCAGCAGCAGCAGCAGCAGUCACGGUGCCCUGAAGAGGACCUUCAGCCUGGAGUCACGCUUUCGCCUCCUGACCCUCAGACGCGGCCGCGCGGACACGGCCAAGAGCGCAGAGCGCGAGCGCUUCAGCCUGGCAGCACGCCAGCCCUCCCCCUCCGUGGUUGUGCUGAACGGGGUGUGA